AUGCGUUUCUGGGUGAAUUGGGCUCUCUGGCAGAAACUGAGCAUGGUUCUUGCAGUUCUCCUGGCGCUCGUCCUCAUCUACGCUUUCUGCGUCCUUGCGUAUAACCGACGAAUGACCAGAAAACAUGCCGCCGCUGAAGCGUAUCAGAGAAUAGAGCGGGGGACCGAGUUACGUCCGGUGUUGACUGGAGGCAGCGACAUACCAUUUGGCGCCCGAGCGCUGGAGAAGGGUGUCCAGGUAGAUGGUAUUUGGAUCUCUACCAGCAACACAUCAAGUCCAGCGCAGCUCGCAAGCCCCACCGCAAGCAGGCCGACGACGCCAGUCGUAAAGCAAACCCAAAAAACUUCGUCUGCUGACACGGCAAGCGAUGUGCAAUCCCGCUGGCACAAGGAACAGCCUGCUCUCAAGGCAGCCGGUGGUGACUCUCAACGAUUUGUGGCGCCGUCCAAAAAAGAGAUUGCAGAUAGCAGCAAGUCCAACAGCGGUGAUUCCGAAAGACUUCCUGAAAAUCAGCUCAUCCAUUCAGAUAUUGUUACGCCUCAGGAGUCCCAAAACUCGGUCGGAUCAGAUAGACGAUCAUCGCGAGGAUUCUUCGGCCCACAUAGCUCAUGGCUGACAAAGUCCCCCGAAAAGACCAAGCGGAAGUCGGUCGCUGACGGGCACCAUCGAGGGCAAUCGUCAGAAGAUUUCAGGCGCAGGAUCAGCAAGUUGAUCGAGGAAAAUAUUCAAACUCGUCCGAAAGAGGAAUUCCAGCUGAAGCCUCUACCGCGAGAUGGCGUGCAUCGACACAAGUAGGGAUUGCUUCCGGCUACUCACAAUCAUGAUAUUCCUUUUUCUGCGUUACGAGAACAACUACGCACAUUCCGAAGCAGUUGCGUAAUGUAGCUUCUCGAUUAUUCAGAGACAUAUUCAAAGGACCCAACUCGCAUUCGUAUAUGAUGCCUCCGCUCACUCACACAUAUCAGGCUGAGAUGACUGAGCUCUUCAAUCGUCGAGGGUAACGAUUGUAUCUUAUAUAGUACAAGCUUGAAUAUUCCUUGAGUCAGGAUUAUGCUCUUCGCUCCUCUAACGAUCUCAUAUCUCGAGUAACAUUUCACAGAGAUGGUAGCAAUAAUAGACUAUCGCCCGUAGCACCCCACUGAGGGAGCCGUUCGAUAGUGGAUUGAGAUUUGGCAUUUGCAACCUCUGUUAUCGC